AUGGCGCAACGGCUGGCAAUAUCUCAGGCGGAGCAGGGGAAUGCAAGUAUGUUGCAAGAAUUGACGAAAGUAACGUCGGCCUUCACAACCUCGUCACUUGCUCGGGAAAAUAUGAGUGGUGCCAGCAACCAACAGAACGAGAACACAAAUAAGGAGGAAGCGGCUGAGGUAACAGACCAUACGUUGAUAACGCAUGGUCACGUGCACAACCUGUCGUGCCGUAUCACGUGCAAGGGUGAUGAGAUGUCUUUUGUGUCGACUGCUUCACCCGUGCCGCAUUAUGCAUAA